GUAACAACUCAAAGUAAAUCACCCUUUGGCAUGAAAAACUCUAUUAGAUUGACCUCUUGACUUUCAUCGUCACUCACCCAUAUCUGGUGAUUCACAGAAAGAGAGUGCCGUCUUUGGAUAGGAUAAGGUUUUGUGUGAGGAUUCAGUGACAAUUUCACCAUAAGAACUGGUAUCAGUUCAAAUUGUUUUUUCAUGUUUCCAGUCCUAGCGGGGGAUGCCUUUUGCAUGUAUUUCCUGCCAGGGGAUUUAGGGACAAAUUAAGAAAGUGACAAAUGCUUCAAUGGCAAAUGAUAUUCAUUAUAUAGGAAAAUUAGGAUAUAGUCUGGUUUGAAAAUUACAUUACACAAAGGACAAAACGCUAAUGUUCAUUUAUUGGAUAUUUUAUUAUGAAGCGAGUUCUAAAUGGAGUGUAGUGUUUAGACCUUUUGGAGCUGACUUUUUGAUUGGAUGCGUGCUAAUUGCAGGGCAGACAGUUAUUUUGUGAUAAGGUUGACAUGAUGUAUUGUGAUUUUGUGCUGGACCAAGUUCUAUCAGCUCUCAAUAAAGUCAUUUACAACAAACCAAUCAGUAGGGCAGAUGAUAUCUAUUGCUUUACUGGAUGCAGAUGAAACUUCCGGAAGUGAAAGUACAAAAUUGGAUGACUCCAGCUAUAAAUAUGAAUGUGCUUUCCCCAUAGUGUAGCCUUACAAGCAGUAAACAAUGAAGACCAAAGGGAAGCAAGUUUUGUCCAUUGCUGUUAUACUCUUUGUGACAGUCUGUCUGACAUACUAUUCCAAUUUGGCUGUUUGGAAUGGGAUUUCCAUGAAUGAUUUGGACAAAGAGUCAUUAACAGUGGGAAGUGUUCGCAAACUUCUAGAAGAGGAGGAAUUGGUUACAGAAAGAGCCAACUCCAAUGGCCAACAGAAAAGACUUCCGCAGUGCGUGAUUAUUGGAGCUCGGAAAUGUGGUACCAGGGCAUUAUUGGAGUUUCUUGGUCUUCAUCCAUUGAUUCAACCAGCGGAUCAAGAGGUGCAUUUCUUCGAUGAUGACAGAAACUACAAUCGUGGUUACGAGUGGUACAAGGAACACAUGCCCUACUCCUAUCCAAAGCAAAUAACUCUUGAAAAAAGUCCAAGGUAUUUCAUCACAGAAAAAGCACCGGAGAGAAUACAUCAGAUGAAUAGCUCCAUUAAGUUAAUUGUGUUACUCCGAAAUCCUACUACAAGGGUCAUUUCAGACUACACGCAGGUAUAUUAUAACAAAAUUGCCAAAGGAAAAGACGUGGACAAAUUCGAGGAUCUGGUGAUUGACAAGAAAACCAAUCAGAUUAAUACCGGUUACAGGGCAGUUCAAAUCAGCAUUUACUACAAUCAUCUAUUAAGAUGGUUCAAGUUCUUCAAACGAGAACAGGUUCAUGUUGUGGAUGGUGAUAAACUCAUUACGAACCCUCUGAGUGAGAUUAACAAAGUGGAGCAAUUCCUCGGGCUUCAGUCAAGAGUGACAGAAAAUAACAUUUACUUCAAUACAACUAGGGGCUUUUACUGCAUGAGAACACCAAAGACAAAUCAAAAGUGUUUAGGGUUGACAAAGGGUCGCAAACAUCCCCAUAUAGAAUCUAGCAUUCUACAAAAGCUGAAUGAGUUUUUUCGACCAUAUAAUAAAAAGCUGUUUUCUCUGAUAAACCAAACAUUUGACUGGGAUGAUUGAGAAUGAGUCAUGGUCGUAUUAGCUAGAGCGUACAACAAUGUCAAAUCCAUAGUGCUAUAAUUACGAGUUGGAAAUACAUUUCUAGUAUCUAUUUAUUCAAACUAAUGAAGUAUACAUUUAUUUUAGAGACGGUUUUACUUUUUGAAAUCAAAGAAAAAUUUAACUUUGUCGAGCUGAGCUUAAAAGGAUGACCCUCAUUUAUUCAUUAUUUAAACAGCAUCAGAUGGCAGAAUCAGAAAUAAUAAUUGUGUACACUUGAUUGUAAAAUCAAUCUGCCCCCUCAGUGCAUUAUGGGACAGGUAACCCAUACCAUUUACUAUUGCAUUCUGUGAAUGUUGACGCAUUGUGCCUGUUGUGCAUUUGAUGUGACUGAUUAUUUCAUUAUAGUGUUCAUGUACUUCAUGGCGAGCCUGAACAUUUGAACAAUUUGACAAAGUCAACAUUGAUGUCUCCUACCAAUCUAGUCACUUCACAUUUAUAUUUGUUCUAUUAUGCAUUCAGAUUUGUUUUGUAUGAUUUUGUAUUGUACUAUUGUUAUAAUGUUAUUUUAAUCUAUUAAAAAUAUGAAUGUGU